AUGUCAGAUUUACAAUUUAUACAUAGAGCAAUCAGAGACUUUUUCGAUGAAACGCCCGUCGAAGAAUGGUCAUAUAUUCUUUUUUUAGAGUCAUUUAAACACGUUAUUCUGUCUGUAUUAGAUAUCACAAAACGAGAUGAAAAAGCUACAUGGAGGAAGAGAUUUAUAAAGCGCUUAGAAACGAUUGCAGAUGACGACGCGUAUACUGAACAGCAGAGAAAAAAGGCAAUUAUUUUGAUAGAAAAGGACCCACGAAAUACAGACUUCUUUUGGGACAACAUUGAAAAAGAGAAAGAGUGCUUAUGUGGAAAACGUGAGCGGAAAUUCGAGAACACAUUUCCACAGCAAACAGAAGAAAAAGAACAAUUAUCGGAAAUAGAAGAACAAAAUGAAACAGACGAUGAUGAGGAUUCCAUCUCUGUAUUUGAUGGCAGUGAUGACACAGAUUACAUACCGAGUAAAACUCAUAAGUGGUUUCUCACAUCUGGAAAGUACGUUGAAAAUACUAUUUUCGAACACUGCAAAGAACUGACAAAUGAAUCGCUCUUACAUUCAUGGAUUAUUGACCUUGAUGACCAAGAGGCAGAGGAACUAUUUACCACAGAAGAGUGGAAUGAAAUACGACACGAAGUUCAAUUACCUGAAGUGAAUGAAACGUUUGUAAAGUCUAUGAUGCGAUUUUCCGAUGUCUUGGCAACAACAACUUUUUUAAAAAAUGAUUCUUACAGUCAGGAGGAUCAUUUCGAUGCUGAAUGGGCAGAAAUCGUAAUGAGAAAAUUUCUUACGUAUUACGAAGAUCCUAAUGAACCAUUAAAAAGAACGCAUCUCGAGUCUUGGUAUGAUAUUAAUUUGUGGUCGCAAAUUGUUGAUCAUGGUUUUCCGAUAUAUUUGGAAUGGAAAAAGGAGUCAACGAGUGAAGCGGUAUCUGAAAGAAAAAAUCAAAAGAGAGCGUGCAUACGUUACAGGAAGGUUCUACGUAAGAAGAUGGGGUAUAAGAUGGAUGGAAUAUUCCGAACUUAUAUAAAUAAUAUUGAGUAUGAAGCAAUCGAAGUAGCCAAAAAAUAUGAGCAAACCAAAUUCCUGGGUGAUGGAUUUAAGCUCAUAAGGAAGUUGCUUAUCCCAGGCAUGUUUCACUUAGGUCUUAAAUCACAAGUUUUACAAAUAAGUAGUCCCAAGGGAUACGUAAUAAUACUAAAACGGGAUAAGCUUCUUGAGGUUUCAAACACAGUUAAAGAAAUAAGAAACCUUAUUCGAGUAUUAGCUAGUGUAUGGAAAGUGAAG